AUGGACAAAAAGGACGACGAUAUAGUCGAUCUGCGCGCCCGCAUGCAGGCGGCAAACAAGCCCGUCAUGCGCGUCAACCGCGACGAACUCCUGGCAAACGGAGGGCUCUUUGCCGAGCGCAUCCCGUCCUUCCUCGCCGAGAUCGAAAAGGCCAACCGCGCCGUCCAGCAGAGUUCCUCGACGCCCGGCCCGGACGCACCAUCCUCUUCCGGGUUCGAACUGGGCGAGAACGAGGCCAGAGACCAGGUCCACGUCGAGAUGGACAUCGUCGCCGGCAUCCUCGAGGAGAAGCAGCAGCCCGUCACCCACACCCGCCCGCCGGGGUCAGAGGAUGGCAGCGACGACGAGUUCCAGCUCGCCAUGCCGCCCGCGGGAUCCGUCACCGGCGCCGGCGGGGACGGCAGCAAGCCGCUGCAGAUUCGCCCCGCUGGCUCCAGCGCAUCAUCUGAGGACUCGUCGGGUUCGGACACGAGCUCCAGUGCCGGCUCCCCGGGUAGGAGGGCGUGCAUCGUCCUCGAGAAGACGCCCACGUCCCGCGUCGCGACUGACGCCGCCGCCGGGGGGCACCCAGAUUCGCCCAGCAGCACUACCAGCAGCAGCGGGUCCAGCACGAGCAGCAGCAGCUCAGACGCCGCCGACCAGGACAGCGCACAGGCAUUGUCUCCAUCUCUAAACGCCAGGCUUGCAGCCCGUAAGCGCACGCAGUCACCAGCCUCGGCGUCGCCUGCGGUUGACAGCAAGUGUUUGGGCUUGUCAUCGCCGGCCGCCGUGGAGGAUCCUCCCAAGAAGAAGAAGAAGAAGACAAAGAAGCUCAUCGAGGAGGUGGAGUAA